AUGAAAAGUAAAAUUGGCAAUGUUCAGUCUGACAAUACUAGGUUCUUCAAUGAAGUCCAGAAUCCGCUGCUGUUCAGAAGGAUUUUGUGUCCUUACCUUGACUUCUGUUACAAUGAAAUUUGUGAUCGAUGCCCAGCUGCUGUUUUAACACCAUUUCCCCUCACUAUAUCAGGCUCUCGCUGCGGCGUUACGCGGUUUCUUACCGAAACAGCUCCUUCAUCGGAACGGAGUUACCAUCUGCCGAGCAAAUCCCUGAAGACCUGGAAUUGAGCUGCCUGGGGCUCCAGGAGAGCCGGGAGGGUCCCCGCAUCCCUCCCGCCGCCUGGCGCGGAGCUUCAGCAUCGCUCGGGGGCUCCAGCAUCGCCCGGGGAAAGCUCGGCGGGGCCGGCCCGAGGGGCGGGAGCCCCCGGCCCUGUGCCAAUGGCUGCGAGGGGAUGGCUCUGCCUGGCCGCCGCUCCGUUACAGGAUGGAAAUUCCCGGCCUCCCCGGGGAGGGAGCUCGGGCGCGCGCGCUGAAAGGCUCAUUUAUCCCCGCGCUGCCGCCCAGAGCGGCGGACACGGGUUCCUGCCCCGCAGCCUCCCCCCGGCCCCGGUGCAUCCCCGCCUCCCCUCCCACCCCCCGCCGCUGCUGCUGCUGGCGCUGCUGCUGCUGCUGCUGCUGCUGGCGGCCCCGCCGCCCGCCGGCUCCGAGAGCCCCAAGGGGAAGCAGAAGGCGCUUCGCCAGCGGGAGGUGGUGGACGUGUAUAAUGGCAUGUGCUUGCAAGGCCCCAGUGGCGUUCCUGGACGGGAUGGAAACCCAGGAGCCAACGGGAUCCCUGGGACACCUGGAAUCCCAGGACGGGAUGGGCUGAAAGGGGAGAAGGGCGAGUGCAUGCGUGAGAGCAUCGAGGAGUCCUGGACACCCAACUUCAAACAGUGUUCAUGGAGUGCACUUAACUACGGCAUCGACCUUGGGAAGAUCGCGGAAUGUACAUUUACCAAGAUGCGCUCGAACAGCGCUCUCCGCGUGCUCUUCAGUGGGUCACUCCGGCUAAAGUGCAAAAACGCCUGUUGUCAGCGCUGGUACUUUACUUUUAAUGGUGCAGAGUGUGCUGGGCCACUUCCUAUUGAAGCCAUAAUAUACUUAGAUCAAGGAAGCCCAGAGCUGAAUUCUACUAUUAAUAUACACCGAACUUCUUCAGUGGAAGGUCUGUGCGAAGGGAUCAAUGCCGGCUUGGUGGACAUUGCCAUCUGGGUUGGGACUUGCUCUGAUUAUCCACGGGGAGAUGCUUCUACUGGAUGGAAUUCAGUCUCCCGAAUCAUCAUUGAAGAACUGCCAAAAUAACUUCCCCUCCCUUUUUAUAAUAUCUCUUUCUAGUUUGUUUUUUUUUAUUUUGUAUUAUUUUCUUCAGAAUUUACUUCAGUAGACUUGGAUGCAAGUACUGGACUGAAAGGCACCCAAGCCUUGCAUCUGUAGCCUUUGUCUAGCCUUGUUUUGUCCAUUGCAGAGGCUUUUUAUAAUAAU